CGCCAAUGACGUCAUCCGUUGCUGGGCAGCGGCGCGACUGGUGCUGUCUGGUGCGCGAGGUCGUUGGCGCCAUAUCGUUCUGUGUGUCUGUGUGGUGUGCUGAAGCGUCAGGCCGCGGCGUGAUGAAGCAGAGCUGACUGUGUUCGUGUAGUGUGAACUGGUAUCGGCGGCUCAGGCCCGAGGUUCAAACAAUCCUAUGACUUUUGAGACCAUUACAGUCGGACAACCUUGAAGGGAAUAAAGAUUUAAUGUAUCACAGUUGAUUUUGAGUUUCUGUCCAGUUACUUUCAACUACACUUUAAAGCCCCAUUCUGAAAAUGGUUCCUAACGGCUUUCUGAGUUUUGAGGAUGAGCAGUUUAUAGAAUCAUCAGUAGCCAAAUUAAAUGCCUUGCGGAAAAGCGGACAGUUUUGCGAUGUGAAGCUGCAGGUUUGUGGGCAUGAAAUGCUGGCGCACAGAGCGGUUCUUGCCUGCUGCAGUCCCUUCUUGUUUGAAAUCUUCAACAAUGACAACGAGAAUCAUGGAAUUUCUCAUGUUAAAUUUGAUGAUUUGAACCCAGAGGCAGUGGAGGUCUUGCUUAAUUAUGCAUAUACUUCACAGCUUAAAGCUGAAACAGAACUGGUGAAAGAUGUUUAUUCUGCUGCCAAAAAACUUAAGAUUGAUCGUGUGAAACAGGUUUGUGGGGAUUAUUUAUUGUCCAAAAUGGAUGCACAGAGCUGUAUCUCUUAUCGUAAUUUUGUGAAUUCUAUGGGAGACUGGCGUUUGCUGAGUAGAAUUGAUGCCUAUAUUCAAGAGCAUCUUCUUGAAAUAUCCGAACAAGAUGAUUUUCUUAAACUUCCACGUCUUAAGCUGGAAAUAAUGAUUGAAGAAAAUGUUUCUCUUCCGAGCAAUGGCAAAUUGUACACAAAGGUAAUCAACUGGGUCCAGCGCAGCAUAUGGGAACAUGGAGAAAGUUUGGAAUCCUUGAUGGACGAGGUACAAACGUUGUAUUACUCAGCUGAUCACAAGUUGCUUGACGGGAAUGUUCUUGAUGGCCGCAAUGACAUAUUUGCUGGUGAUGAAGAUGGUAUACAGUUGGUUCAGAAGAAAUCACCACGUGAGAGUGAUACCAGGAACAUGAGUAGCAGUAGUUCUGGGACUCUUUCUCCAUCAGGUUUUCCAGCACAGAACCCUAAACAUGAAUGGAAAAUAAUUGCCUCGGAUAAGAAGACAAAAAAAACUUACUUAUGCCUGGCUGUCCUGAACAGUACACUAUGUGUCAUCUUUCUGCAUGGGCGGAAUACUCCUCUGAGCUCACCUUCAAGUACUCCUCGAUUAACCAAAAGUUUAAGCCUUGAAAUACAACCAGAUGACUCCAAUGACAAAGUAAUGUCACCUAUGCAUUAUGCUCGAUCCGGACUGGGUAUAGCUGAAUUAAAUGGCAAGCUUAUAGCAGCAGGUGGCUACAAUAGAGAAGAAUGCCUGCGCACGGUGGAAUGCUAUGAUCCUGACAAUGACACUUGGAUAUUUUUGUCUCCAAUGAAAACGCCUAGAGCUCGAUUUCAGAUGGCAGUUUUGAUGGGUGAUUUAUAUGUUGUUGGAGGAUCAAAUGGUCAGUCUGACGAUCUAAGCUGUGGAGAAAAGUAUGACCUAGCAGUCAACAUGUGGACACCUGUGCCUGAGCUCAGAACAAAUCGUUGCAAUGCAGGAGUUUGUACCCUGAAUGGAAAAUUGUAUAUUAUUGGAGGCUCUGAUCCUUAUGGUCAGAAGGGUCUCAAAAACUGCGAUGUGUUUGAUCCUUUAACAAAGUCAUGGACAAGUUGUGCUCCCGUAAACAUACGAAGACAUCAGUCUGCAGUCUGUGAGCUUGAUAAUCAUAUGUACAUUAUUGGAGGGGCAGAGUCAUGGAACUGUUUAAACUCAGUAGAGCGCUAUAAUCCUGAAAAUGACACCUGGACUUUAGUGGCACCCAUGAAUGUCGCUCGGCGCGGAGCUGGAGUUGCCGUUUUGAAUGGUAAACUUUAUGUUGGAGGUGGUUUUGAUGGCUCCCGUGCUCUAAGUUGUGUGGAAACCUACGACCCUGCCAAAAAUGAGUGGAAAAUGGUGGCAAGCAUGUCCUCUCCGAGAAGCAAUGCUGGCUUAGUAGCUGUUGGAAAUUGUAUAUUUGCUGCUGGAGGAUUCGAUGGAAAUGAAUUUCUAAACACUAUUGAGCUUUAUAAUACUAGUUUAGAUGAAUGGAGCCCAUAUACCAAAAUGUGCAGGUCAUAGGUAACAUAGAUCUAGGUUUUUGAGAGAUUUUGCUUACACCAGCAGUUUGGUAGUACUGUACAUUUGAAUUGUAAAUACUUUAUUUAGCUUGGAGAUCUUUGUUUGCUCAUGAUGUCAUUACGUCAAUGAGGAAUAAUUUCCAUAGUCUCCGUGAGGUAGUUUUUUUUAUUAUUAUUAUAAAUGUCCUCCUUUUCUUGCACUGAAAUGUAGAGUAAAUUUUCAGAACAAAAUUUCUACAAAUUGAUGUUUUUUAACUAUAGUCACAUGGUCCCAUACAGAAUGUGCUUAAAGAGCCUUAUGAAAUCACAUGCAAGACUGCUACUCCUAAAGUGCAGGAAUGCCAAACAUGAUUUUCAGACUGCCUUUUUAUUACUUUUUGUAAACUAAAAACAAAAGGCAUAACUAACCUUACUCUGAACGAGCUUUUUCCUUUUUGAAUUUAAUUUCUUGUCUCUACUUUUACUGUAGAUAAAGUAAAUUUAAUGUGUGUAAUUUUGUUCUGUAGACUUGUGGGCUGGUUCAACAAGAAUGUUACCACUGUUUUAGAUGAUAGGCUAUUUAUUCUUUGGCAGCUUUUUAAAGACAGAUUUUUUCGGGAAACACAGCAAGUGUCUUUGAAUUGUGUAAAAUCAAGCAGGUUUAUCUGCCAAUGUUCAUUUUACAGUGUCUUAAAAGCCAAAUGUUUUCUGUAUGUUCUGUACUAUGAGUAACUUUUUCUAUCGCUGCUACUGUACAUGGUUCUUAAAUAAAAUGACAAAAUAUUUCUUUUGA